UUGGCUGGGAGCGCGACCGCUCAUGGCGCUAUAUAAUGUGUGAAUGUGCAGCGGCGGGCGGCCACCUUCACGCCGAUCGUCCACGUCCAAGAAAGCCGACAGCGAGACGGGUGGAAGAGCGACCGCGCAGGCAAGGGGAGGCAACAGGACGGACACAGUCGCUGCUUCGGAGUGGAACAAGGAGAAAGACCUGCGUGACCGAGAAAUGAGUGAUAGCGACAGCAUGGAACUUCACAACAAGGAAACGGUCUCCGGAGAGAUUCUGCCUGUGGUGAUCAUCGGGAACGGCCCCUCGGGGAUCUGUCUGUCGUACCUGCUGUCGGGCCACACCCCCUACCUGUCGCCCGGGGCGUCGCACCCCAACCCGCUGCUGCACAGCAAGUUGGCCGAGCAACCCGGCCUGUCCCUGCUGGAGCAGGACCUGGAGUACCUGUGCGAGGGGCUGCAGGGGCGCUCGUCCAACCCGGUCGCCGUGCUCUUCGACUCGCUGCUGCUGCCCGACGGCGACUUCGGCGCGGACCAUACGUCCCCGCUGGAGUGGCGGUACGAGCCCGAGAGAGCCGUGCCGCACCUGGUGCUGGGCAAGGGCCCCCCCGGGGGAGCUUGGCACGCCAUGGAGGGCUCCAUGCUAACGCUAAGCCUCGCUAACUGGAUGGAACUACCUGCACUCAAAUUGAAGGAUUGGAUGAAAGACAAGAGAAGAAACGUACGCAACGACCGCGCCACGCCGGCCGAGAUCGCCUCCUACUACCAGCACUACGUGACCCAAAUGUCCCUGGGACACAACUUCGCCUGCGGGACCACCGUCACCUCGGUCACCUGGCGGCCCCCCGAUUGUCGCGAGUCCCGUGGAUUCUGGCGGGUCGAGGGGGUGCAGAGCGGAGGGGGCGAGGACCUUGCAGACGAUUCCCCCGUGGAGCAGGUGCCCUUUUCCCUGCUGGCCCGCAACGUGGUGUUAGCGACGGGUACCCACGACAUCCCGGCCCGCCUGGGCGUGGAGGGCGAGUCUCUGCCCUACGUGUGCCACUCCUUUUGGGAGCUGGAGGGCGCCAUCUCGCGCGGCGAGCUGGACGAGUCGUCGGACCCGGUGCUGGUGGUGGGUGCUGGGCUGACGGCCGCUGACGCCGUGCUGGCGGCCCGCCACCUCAACGCGCCCGUCUACCACGCCUUCCGCCGUGCCGUCGGCGACCCGGGGCUCAUCUUCAACCAGCUGCCCAAGAUGCUCUACCCAGAGUACCACAAGGUUCACCAGAUGAUGACGCAGCAGCAGCACCAGCCCUCGUCCCCUCUGGACUCGUCCUCCUCGCCUCCCUCCUUCUCCACCUCGUCCUCGUCCUACAGCGGCUACCUCAGCUUCCCCUGCCACCGCGUGGUCUCCUUCCGGCCGGAUCGCAAGUGCGUCCUCCAGUCGGACACGGGUCGGCGCACCGUGGUCCAAGUAUCAAAGGCGCUGGUCCUGAUUGGCGCCCACCCCAACCUGUCCUUCCUGCCCGAGCGGGGUCGCCCUCUGGGCGUCUACCCUGGCGAGCCAGUCACCUGCCGGAGGAACCCCAUCGACGCGGACCCCUUCACCAACCGGGUGUUGGGGGCCGAGGGGCCCGGCAUGUACGCCAUGGGCCCGCUGGUGGGGGAGAACUUUGUGCGCUUCCUGAAGGGCGGCGCCCUGGCCAUAGCCAGCGAUAUCGCCAAGGGACUGAGGGAAGGCGGCGGCGCCGGGCCGGGGUCUUCGGACGGCCCGGUGGACAAGUGGGCGGACCGACUGGCCGCCGUGCAGACCCUCGCCCGGGCGACGGAACGGCCUUUUUCAUAGUGCAAUUGCACAAGAUAAAACAAAACAAAAACUGCCUGUUUUUUGGGGGGGGGGGGGGGCAUGUCGUGUUUAUAGCAGUGGUUCUCAAACCUAACUUGGGUUUCUGCAAACUAAUUUGAAAAAUUCACUAAUAUUUUCUGUUUUUUAUGCUUGGGCCCAGCACAACUAAAAAGGGAAAUUAGGACAGAUUUUUAGUGAGCCCGCAAGAAGAAAUUAUUUUAAUUAUUAUUUUGUUAUUAUUAUUUAAUUGGACACACUAAAUUGCCCCGAGGCGUGAUUGUGAGUGUGGCUGUAUUUAUUAUUAUUAUUAUUAUUAUUAUUAUUAUUUAAUAAUAAUUAAAAAAAAAAGCAAUUCCUCCUACCGCCCUUAACUUUGGACCACUAAAAUGUUCUGAUAUUAUGUAAAAUCACAUUCCAGCGUAAUAUUUUUUUUGCUUGUUUGUUUUUUAUUUUCUUUAUUUUUUUUCAAGAGAAUUAAAGUGUCUUUUCUUGUGGUUAAAAUGGGUCGUAUUGAAAGAGUAAAAUUUGAAAUAGUCAAAAUGUGACUCAGGUCUUGGUCAACUUUAUGAUUAUGCAAUAUCUCGGGAAAAGACACCUUUAUUCUUAUAGUGUAACAAAUUUUGAACCUGAAAAGAAUGUUUUGUUGUUGUAAACAUGAUUUCCCCACUCCCUUAAGAAAUGUUUAAUUUUAA